AUUGAAAAAAUAAGAAAAAAUAAAUUCCAUUUACGUUUACUCCCCAAAACUCCAAACCCAUUACUUUUUCUCUCCUCAUUUUCUUCUUCCUUCUAGAUCCAAUUCAACCUUCAACAAUCAACAAUCAACAAUCAACGAUCAACGAUCAAAAAUGCCGAAAGAAUUCGCAAUCCCACCAGUUUCCUUCCCAUCAUCGACAACCUCUACAGCAUCCGCCUCCACAAACGCCGGACCACCAGGCACCAACCCACCAAGCAUGGUUCAGCAACGCCGAGUACCCGCUGCACCAUUUCAACCUCCACGACCUUCUUCCAUUCCUUUCAUGUCCUUUGACAUUGGAUCUGCUACUGCUACUACUACUACUACUUCUUUCCCACCUCCUCCUCACCUUCGAAACGACAUCGCUUCAUCUUCAGGUACUCUCUUCCUCGAUGAACCCCCUCUUCUUGAAGAACUCGAGAUCAACCCUUCUUUAAUCUGGCGUAAAACUCGUUCGUUACUUAACCCUAUUCGGGUUGACCCGUCUCUGCACUCGGACCCUGAUUUAUCUGGACCGUUUCUGUACUACAUCGCUUUUGGGUUGUUUCAAUUACUCGCGGGUAAAGUUCAGUUUGGGGUUAUUCUGGGUUGGAUUGCGAUUUCGUCCAUAUUUCUUUACUCGAUUUUGAAUUUUCUUGCUGGAAGAAAUGGGAAUCUGGAUCUCUACAGAUGUUUUAGUGUGGUGGGUUAUUGUUUGAUGCCAAUUGUUAUGUACUCUGCGGCGUCGCUUUUUCUACCUCCCACUGGAACUACUGCGGGAUUUAUUGUUGCGGCUGUGUUUGUGAUUUGGGCUACUAGGGUUUCUUCGAGGCUUUUAGCUGUUGAUGAAUUGGGAGCUUCAGAACAUCGCGGGUUGAUUGCUUAUCCUUGUUUCUUGAUUUACUGUCUUUUUUCUAUGCUUGUUAUGUUUUAGAUACCUAUGAAUGAUAAAUCAUGAUCAUGAUGGUUUUGUUUUUAGAUUUUUGGUUCGGAAUACGAGAAUGUAUGAAUGCUACCAAUAUAUCUAUAGUUUAGCUUUUUGUGGGGUUCAUUUUCUGAAUUCAAUUGUAGUGUUUGGAUUAUUUUCUAUUAAGUUUGUGAAUUCAGUAUUUAAUUCUUUAGCAAUUAAUAAUUUUUUGUUACUUGCAUUUUGAUUUAUUUUGUAGAGUAAAAAUGGAAUUAUUGACUUGUUAGUUAUUUGCUGAUUUUGAUUGUAUUAUAAUCUCUCUUUAAAUACAAUCAUACUCCCUAUAUAACAAACACAAAUUAAGUUUUGUUUAGUAUAUUAUGGUGGGGUGAUGGGCUAUUUUUUCAAUGACAGAACUCACUAAGAUUGUUGCUGGUUAGUAAAAGUAUUGACCCGGAGAUCGACUGGUUGGGUUUGUGAUCCUUGUAUUACUUCUAAACUGCUUCAGUUCUAACUUCUAAUUGUAUUUAUAAAAUUUAGAUGUCAAGUUGAGUAUAAUAUUUUUGGGAAAUUUAUUUGAUUUGAAUGCUUAAUUUAGCUUGUUCUUCCCUUGUUUUUGUUUCCUCAAGCAACUAACUUUGUUCCUAAUUCGCAAAACCCCGUCCCAUCCUAUACCCUAUCCCAAUAUUUUGGGACUAAGACUCUAACAUUAUUAUUGUUGUCUUCAAUACUACACCAAGACGUACAAAUUAAGUUACACUAUAAAACAAGAAAAUAUAUGACAAAAUAUAAAAGCUUGAAUUUAAAAGUGGUAUAAUUUGUUCAACAAAUCACUUUCAAGUUCUUAUUAAAUCACGUGACUUCUUAUUUAUGUGAAGUUGCAAUUAGAGUUUGUUUCGAAGGGUGAAUCAAAAAUAGCCUUUUUGUUAUCAUUAGCAAGGGUAAGGUCAAACAUGAACUUCCCAAACUCUGCCUAGGUGGUUGUUACUUAGUGACAUUGGGGUAUUGAAAUAAUGUAAAUGUAGUCGAAUUGUUCUCUUAAGUUAUGAUUGUAAUGUUGUUUAUUGUAUGGUAAACGUUGUCGAUGACCAGGCAUCAAAUGACACUACUGACAUUACUAGAGUGCAGUGAAGCUGUAUUUUGUUUUAUCUGUGUAUUCUUGCUGAGUGCUCUUGGUUCAAGAGAAUGUCAUUGCUGGCAUAUAGCACUAUAUUUGUGUAUUGAGCAUAUAUUAUGGGAUCAAAUGUUAGAUUUCUGUUGAUUCGUGUUGCUGGAUGCCAUUGGUAUAAGAACUAAGAAGUCACAUAAGUUUUUUUAUUGCAAUGAUUAGGCUGUAAUUUUUACAGCAGCCUAGGAUAGCAUCAUUGGAAGGAAAAAGGAUUUAAUCAGCUUGUAGAUGAUUAGAGUUGUGCAACGGGGGUCGGCCCCCGCUAAAAGCCCGCAAUCAAGCCCGUUUAAUUACUUAAACGGGUUGGACUUUUGAUGGGUCAGGCCAUUAAAAAGAAAUUAGUGGGCUGGGUCUGGCUUUUACUGGGUCGGCAUUUAAAUCAAACACAAAACUCAAUAUAUUUUUCAAUCGGAUUUUAAUGAAUACCUAAGUAAUAAAGGCGAGGGAGCUUGGUUUUCCAUUUGCUGUACCAACUUUUGUGUGAAAUAGAAAUAUAGUGUAUUUGACUUUUUUCUUUUUACAAUCACUAGCUGAACUCUAGCAUUUUAAUUUCUAGUUAUAAAACUUAUAUUUUCUAUGCCAAAAUAUCAGUAACAAUAACAAAUGAGGGGAGGCAUUGGAUUACGAACACAACAGUUUGCAUAAGGAAUACUAUCUAAAUAGAAACAAAAACAAACAAUUGUAUGGAAACACUGAAACAACAGCCGCAACAACAGCUCUGUACUACUUUGCUUUUGGUUUGUUUCAAUUACUUGCGGGUACAGUUCAAUCUGGGGUUAUUCUGGGUUGGACUGUGAUUUCGUCAAUUUUUCUUUACUCAUUUUUGAAUUUUCUUGUUGGAAGGAGUAGGUAGGAAACUAGGAAUCCUGAUCCUUAUAUGUGUUUUCUUAUUGCUUAAUACCAAUUGUGACUUACUUUGCGGCAUCGCUUUUUCUACCACCAA